AUGCGGUCAGAGCCCGAGAAGCUGCUUUGGGGCGCCAUGGCCGCGCCGAGCCCGGGGCCCCGCGAGGUCCUGGCCCUGUCCCCAGAGGCUGGACACAAAGCAACUACCUCAAGGUCCGGCCGCCGUGGCCUUCUCUGGCGUCUCCGAGACAAGCAGCUGCGCCUAGGCCUGUUUGAGAUCAGCCCGGGGCAUGAGCUGCACCGGCUGACAUGCAUGAUGCAGGCGGGGCUGUGGGCUGCCACCCAGGUCUCUGUGGAUCACCCAUGUGGGGGGCUGCCCACUGAAGAGGAUUUCUCCGAGGUCCUGACCCAGGUUCACGAGGGCUUCGAGCUGGGCACCCUGGCUGGCCCGGCCUUCGCCUGGCUGCGCCACUCCCUAGGCCUGGCCGAGGAGGACUACCAGGCCGCCCUGGGGCCCGGCAGCCCCUAUCUGCAGUUCCUGAGCACCUCCAAGAGCAAGGCCAGCUUCUUCCUGUCCCAUGACCAGCGCUUCUUCCUGAAGACCCUGCGGCCCAGGGAGGUGCGGGUGCUGCUCUCCCACCUGCCCCGUUACUUGCAGCAUCUGCGGCGGCACCCGCACUCGCUGCUGGCGCGGUUGCUGGGAGUGCACAGUCUGCGCAUGACCCGGGGCAAGAAGAAAUACUUCAUCAUCAUGCAGAGUGUCUUCUAUCCAGCUGGCCGCAUCUCCGAGAGGUAUGACAUCAAGGGCUGCCAGGUGAGCCGAUGGGUGGAGCCGGCGCCUGAGAGCAGCCCCCUUGUCUUGGUGCUGAAGGACCUCAACUUUCAGGGCAAGACCAUCAACCUGGGGCCCCAGCGGAGCUGGCUGCUCCGGCAGAUGGAACUAGACACCGCCUUCCUCCGGGAGCUCAAUGUGCUGGAUUACAGCCUCCUGCUGGCCUUCCAGCAUCUCCAGGAGGAUGAGAGGGGGCCAGGUAGCCUCCUGUUCCGCACGGCCAGGUCUGUACAAGGGGUACAGAGCCCGGAUGAGCCCGGAGCUCAGAACCGCCGGCUGCUGCCCGAUGCCCCCAACGCCCUUCACAUCUUGGACGGCCCGGAGCAACGCUAUUUCCUGGGUCUCGUGGACCUCACCACCGUCUACGGGCUUCGCAAGCGGCUGGAGCACCUGUGGAAGACGCUGCGCUACCCCCACCGCACCUUCUCCACCGUCAGCCCGGCUGUCUACGCCCGGCGCCUCUGCCAGUGGGUGGAGGCGCACACUGAGUGAUCAGCGUCUGGCCGCGCGCUCCUCGUCUGGACAAAGGGUGCACCUUUGGAACGCCUGUUCCAACUUGGUCGGGGCAACGGAUCGGGCUCCCCUCACCUGCUGUUCCUCCAGCUGGCCUCCAGAGGGCAGAAUUCCCUAACUAAUAAGACACAACCUCGUCUGAGGGUGAUGCUGUGCCUGGCAUUGUGCCAGGGACUCCCCACAUUAGCUGAUUCAAUCUUCAAAAAAAAGUGCUGUUAUUCUCUUUUUACAGACCACGAACUGGAGGCUCAUGGGGUGAAGGGACUGAGCGAGAUGACUUAGCAAUAAAUGCCGGAACAAGGACUCAACUAUGCCUUUUGGACUCAGGAGCCCUAUUCUCACUCAUCCAUCAGCUCCUGCAGCCCUGUCCUCAUGCUGUGGGAAAGGGGGGAGGCCUAAGGCUCCAGCUCAGGCUUUUUGUCGUCCAGAUGGGGAAACUGAGGCCCAGAGACUUUAAGGGGGCUUAUGCACGGGAAACUGCAGCCUGGCCUCUGACAUCCGUCCAGUCUGACCGUGCCCAAGCCAGCCUUUCCUCUGGCGCUGCUCUGAGGGCCUGCUGUGUGACCGGGGCAAGGUGCUAAACCUCUCUGUGCCUCAGUGGUCUAAUCUGUAAGAUGGAAGGAUGAAAAUGGACCUCCCAAACUCAUUUAUUGAGCACCUGCUAUGGUUUUGGGGGACCUAGGGGUGGAGCAAGAGGCCCAGAUUUCACCUCUGAAGAACUCAGUGUGGAGCAUGGCAGCGGUGAGGAAAGCAGCCUGAUGCAACAAAGCCUUGUGAAGGAGCACAGGGCCAUGAAGCUCAGGGCAGGGGCCCCUCCCAAGUACAGGAUGGGCGGGUGGUUUCUAAUCCCUAAACUGAGAGCAGAAGGGUUGGGUGCAGCCCUGGGAAGGUCCCAGGCUAAGGGCACAGCAAAGGGUUGAGGUCGAGAGAGGAUGG